AUGAUUGUGUUGUUCAUCAUUCUUGUCAUCAUAAUAGCUAUCCUGGGUAUUGGGAUUUAUCAGAAAAAUACUAAUAAUAUAUGCAGAUCGAAGAAGAGGCUUGAUGGGAAAACAGCUCUUGUGACUGGUGGAACUUCCGGAAUGGGACUCCGGAUAGCAAUGGACUUCGCCGAUAGAGGAGCGCGGGUGAUCAUCGCCUGUCCCUUCGUGGAGGAAGGGAUGUGGGCCAGAAGAAAGAUAGUCGAGAAAACGGAAAACGAUAACGUCGUCUUCAAACUAUUAGAUCUGUCAUCUUGUAAGCUGGUCCGGAAAUUCGCUGAGGAAAUAAAUCAAAACGAAGAGAGGCUGGACAUCUUAAUAAACAAUGCUGGCAUUGGGUCAAUGAACGAAAGGUUGACCAAGGAUGGAAUGAACUGCACCAUGCAAGUUAACUACUACUGUCAGUUCAUGUUGACUUUGUUGUUGAUACCCUUGAUGAAGAGGACCGCGACAGCAUCAGAGCCCGCCAGGGUCAUUAACACCUCCUCAGUCUUACACCACUUUGGUUCUACCAAUUUCGAAAUGUUGAAUGCUUUAAACUAUUGGUAUUUUUUACAAGUUUACGCUAACAGUAAACUGUGCGUCGCGAUGUUUACACGUGAAUUAUCGAAGAGAUUAAAAGGCUCGCAUAUCUCUGUGAACGUGGUGGAUCCGGGUGCCGUGGGCACGCCUAUAUUUCAAGAUUUAGGCAAAUAUUACGGAGCCAUAACAACGUUUUUGUUCAUAUCCCUGUUCAAGACUCCGUUUCAGGGCGCUCAGACAGCUAUCCACGUGGCAUUAGACAAGAGAGCUGGCCAAGUGAGUGGCGAAUUUUUCAAGAACUGCAAACUAUCCCAGGCUAAUGCCACGGCUCGCUGUGAAGUAUUGGCUAAAGAACUAUGGAAACACACCCAGAACCUAGUAAAUAUGAGUGACGAGGAAAUAGAUAGUUGUUUACAUUCAUGA